AUGGGCAAAAUCAGCGAACACAAGAGGAAGCAAAUGAGAACGGAUCCCCCACUCACUUUCAUGACGGUCGGAAGCUUGGCAACAAUGGAACAAGCGCGAAAAUUGGACUUCUCAGUGAACGAAGUCCUAGCAGUGAUGCACUUCCCAAUCGGCCUCAACCUCAGAGAUACGGCCAACUUGAAAGGAAUAUACGACACUGGAGGAUGCUGCAACAUAGGAGAAAAAGCAUACCACCUCACCAUCGCAAAACAAUACCCCCAAUUGGUCAAACAGGUGUACGACUUUCCAAAGAUUCACUACGCCCCCAUCAAGAUUGGAGGAAUGAAAGACAGCGUCAACAUUGAGGCAAUCAUUGAAUACUACAUCCCUUUCACCAACGAGGAUGGAGAAAAUCACACGUUGAUGAUUGGAUUGACGGAGCAACUACCCAUCAACACACUCUUUGGAUUACCAUUCAUGUUGAAGGCAAAGAUGGCGCCAGACUUUCAUCGAAAAACAGUAACUUCAAGCCUCUUCAACCAGCAAUUUGAACUCACCAUGGAGCGACCCACAAUGCUUCCAGUGGAACACAUCAGAAGAGAUCAAGCAGCGUCACCCAAAGUACUAUUCAACAACAACAAGAGAAAGAGACAGGACAGAGAGCCAUCAUCAUCAGAAAACACCAACACAGCGCGCCCAACACCACCACCAACAUUACACCAAAGAAAACAUAACGCAGAUCAAUCAAGAGACGAGCCCACCACAAAAUGA